UUGCAAAAGGCUAUUAGCUAGAGAAAGAGAAAAAGAAAGAAGGGAUUUUGCAGGAGAGAAAAGUCUCUCUGAGUUUUAAACUGUCUCUCCUGCCCAUGGCGGAUUUUGUUUCACUUUUUCAUAAUACAUUCCUUUCAUUAUCCUUUUUUUUCUUCUUUUCUAGCUUUUAGCCUUUUUUUAACCCUCUUUUUUGGCCUAUAAUUUUCAUCUUCCUCAAAUUUUCACAAGAAAAUAUCAACAAUUUCAGGUAAUUUUUGUUUUUCCUUUAUUUCUGCUGCAUUUCGUUGUUAUUUGAGCUUCAUAAUUUUCCGUGAAAAUUGUUCAUUUUUGGCCUAUAAUUUUCAUCUUCCUCAAAAUACAGUGGAAAAAAUCUACAAUUUAUGGUGUGGGUUGUUAUUGUUGUUUUCUUUCUUUAAUUUCUGCUGCAUUUCGUUAUUAUUUAAGCUUCAUAAUUGAUUUUCUGAGAAAAUUGUUGAUUUUGGCCUAUAAUUUUCAUCUCCUUCAAAAUAAUGGAAAAAAUUUACAAUUUUAUGGUGUGGUUUGUUAUUUUUGUUUUCUUUUUUUUAUUUCUGCUGUUGUUUUUUUAGCUUUUUUUUUUUUUUUGGCCUGUAAUUUUCAUCUUCCUCAACUUUUUUUUUAAUACAAAAACCCCGAAAUACAGAAGAAAAAUCAACAUUUUUCAGGUUUGGUUCAUUAUUUUUGUUUUCUUUCUUUAAUUUCUGCUGCAUUUCUUUGUUAUUUUAGCUUCUUGUGUUUUGGCCUGUAAUUUUCAUCUUCCUCAAUUUUUUUAAUACAAAAACCCCAAAAUACAGAAGAAAAAAUCAACAAUUUUCAGGAGUUGAUCUUUUAAAGUAUCAUGGGUAAUUGCUGUGUGAAGCCGGGUAAAUCAGCCGAAAAAAAGAACAAAAAGGUCGAGAAACCCAACCCUUUUGCAAUUGACUAUGGGGGAGCUAAACAUGUAAAUAAACUUGUUGUAUUAAAAGAUCCAACAGGGCAAAAUAUACGUGACAAGUAUGAUUUGGGUCUUGAGUUAGGAAGAGGAGAAUUCGGGGUUACUUACCUAUGCACUGAAGUGGACACAGACGAGAAAUAUGCUUGUAAAUCGAUAUCCAAAAAGAAGCUAAGGACUGCAGUGGAUAUUGAUGAUGUUAGGAGAGAGGUUGAGAUUAUGAAGCAUUUGCCUAAGCAUCCCAAUGUUGUGACUUUAAAGGAUACUUAUGAGGAUGAUAAUGCAGUGCACAUUGUGAUGGAAUUGUGUGAAGGUGGGGAGUUGUUUGACCGAAUCGUAGCGAGAGGCCACUAUACGGAGAGAGCAGCUGCUGGAAUUUUGAAGACUGUUGUGGAAGUUGUUCUGAUGUGUCACAGGCAUGGGGUAAUGCAUCGUGAUCUCAAACCUGAGAACUUUCUUUUUGGUAACAAGAAAGAAACAGCUCCGCUGAAGGCUAUUGACUUUGGGUUGUCUGUUUUCUUUAAACCUGGGGAACGCUUUAAUGAGAUUGUGGGAAGUCCUUAUUACAUGGCUCCUGAGGUCCUAAAGCGCAAUUAUGGACCAGAGGUUGAUAUCUGGAGUGCUGGAGUUAUACUUUACAUUCUUCUUUGUGGUGUUCCACCUUUCUGGGCAGAGACUGAACAAGGAGUAGCUCAAGCGAUUAUUCGUUCUGUGAUUGAUUUCAAGAGGGAUCCAUGGCCUAAAGUUUCUGAUAAUGCAAAAGAUCUUGUGAAAAAAAUGCUUGAUCCAGAUCCAACUCGACGGCUCUCAGCUCAUCAUGUUCUUGAUCAUCCCUGGUUACAAAAUAUAAAGAAGACGCCAAACGUCUCUUUGGGUGAGACUGUAAAGGCAAGACUCAAGCAGUUUUUAGUGAUGAACAAGCUCAAGAAAAAAGCUUUGGCGGUUAUAGCUGAGUUUUUGUCUGCGGAGGAAGUUGCUGGAAUGAAGGAAGUAUUUGAAAUGAUGGAUACCGGAAAGAAGGGCAAGAUAAACCGCGAAGAACUUAAAAAUGGCUUGCAGAAGCUUGGCCAUCAGAUCCCUGAUGUUGAUCUACAGAUUCUCAUGGAAGCGGCCGACGUUGAUGGAGAUGGAAGUUUAAAUUAUGAAGAGUUUGUUGCUGUUACUAUUCAUCUUAGAAAGAUGGCCAAUGAUGAACACCUGCACAAAGCAUUUUCAGUUUUUGACAAAAACCAGAGUGGUUACAUCGAAAUCGAAGAGCUGCGUAAUGCCUUGAGUGAUGAGGACGACAGUAACAGUGAGGAUGUCAUCAAUGCCAUUAUGCAUGAUGUCGAUACGGACAAGGAUGGUCGGAUUUGUUAUCAGGAAUUCGCUGCGAUGAUGAAGGCUGGUACGGAUUGGAGAAAAGCAUCGAGACAGUAUUCCCGUGAACGUUUUACCAGUCUCAGCUUAAAAUUGAUGAGGGAUGGCUCAUUACAAUCUGAAAACAAAGUCUAGAUCAUCAAAUCCUGUUAAGAGGAAAAAAUAAUAAUUCUUUUAAUAGAUAUAUAUUAUAUCCUUUUUUUCCUUUUAUCAUUGAGUAUGAAAUUCUUGUUUCCUCUUGUUCUGUUUUUCCUCUCUACCCUCUGUAUUCCAUUUAGGCAUAUUAUGGAAUGUAUGUGUAAUCUAAAAAUGCUAGGUUUAUUUUACUUGUAAAUGUAUGGAAGCAGAGAGCAUAAAAAGUUUAAAAAAUUGGGAAAAGGCUCAAAUAUGUCAUUGGACUAUUAGAAAUGACUCAUUUAUAUCAUCAGUUAAAAGUUUGACUCAUUUA